UUAAUAUGGAUUGGGUGGACUGUUGAGUAUGCGUAGGUCUUAUACUGUAACCGGCCAGUCGUGUUUUAGUGACUGAUACCUUUCGGUCGCGAGUGCUCCAGACCAAUGAUAAAAAAAAACCGUAUCGUUCAACUAUCAUUUAAGUUGUCAUUAAUACCUAAGUACUAGUAACUGGUUUGUAACACAACAGUGGUGUACAUUUUUUAUUAUUUCCAUACGGGUGCAGACUAUUAUACUUGUGAUUUUGGAUUAUAUUAUAAUGACUCUUACGCGGACGUCGAGUUCUUUGCUGCAGCCGUGCAAACUAAAUACGGUUAUUGCACUGUUGCUUGUCCUUGUUUCAAUGGUGAGAAGUUUCCCGUUAGAUGGACAACAACUCGAUUCUGCGGUGGAAGGCGUACAGAAAUAUUUGGAAUCGUCUGGUUUUCCAAAAAUGACUCGUGGUGAAGUAUUGGAUUUUUUAAACGAUUUCUCAAAGAACUCUCGAGUAAGUCGAUCAGAUAAUACUGCAGUAAAUGUCAAGAAAGCUAUUACGUACGUCACGCCAUCUCCUGAUUUCGUGUACUCAAACACACAAAUAUCAAACGUGCACGAUGAUGUGACGAAAAGUUCAACUUCUCGACCAAAAAUCCCUAAUGGCGAAUCACCGCUUAACUAUGGAUAUCCAAUGAGCUUAAAUAAAAAAACUGACCAGUCACUGCCAUCGACCACGCCAAUAAUAUUUGUUACAGUGCAAGGCAGAAAUUUAACAAGUGAAAAAAAAACUGAGAUCAUGUUGCAAACAAUGGACGCGAGAAGUGCACAGAAAAAAAGUAUCGGCCCUUCUGUCGAUUUAAAUGCGUAUGCUAAGUUCAAGAAAAUCCCUGAAGCCAGAAAUUUGAAAAUUGAUGACGACAUGAAAGAUUUUCUCAACAAUUUCGGACUAUUGGAUGCUCCAAAAUCGGGUAAAUCGAUUGAUUUAGAUUCCAACAAACAGCAAAUGCGAUCCAACGAACCACAAAGACGAUCCAAUGAACCGCAAAGGCGAAACGACGAUGCUACCGCUACAGAAUCAGUGGAUGAAAAACUAUUGAAAUCAAUUCUGAAUGAAACCGGCAACAGUGGAUUAAACAUAUCACAGUUUCAACCUCUCAUCGAAAGUGCAUCAGACCGGCGAGGGGACCACGUGUUCAACCCGUCCGAAUCAAACGUAAAAACUGUAGAUGUGAAUAGGAUAGCGAAGAUAGUGGAAAAUAUACGACUGUUGGCUGACGAUAACAAUACUAUUUCUUUGUCACAGGAAGCCAUCCAAAAGAAAUUAGAAAACAUAACGGCGGCUAUAGCUGCUAUUGAUCAGCCUACCGAUAAUAGCAAUAAUAAGGAAUUCAAUGGGUACGAAGUGUUCUUCGACGACAACUCCAAAGAAGUCGAUUCGGAUCUGCCAGAGUCACCUACUGUUUCAGAGACUCAACCUUUGAGCAAAGCCCCGAACCCACCUGAUCCUUUGUCCACCGAUGAACUUCAAAUGCUGUUGGAAAAGAACAAAAAUGAGGUAAAACGCCAAGAGCCAGUGAGUGAAGAGGCAGUAGCAAAUAUCACAACCUCUACUGAAGAAUCCAUAGCAGUCGCUACGUCCUCCGAAGCAGUGGUAACAUCGGUAUCCACUGAUUCGUCCUCGGAAGCAACGUCCGUAGAAGUAACAUCCGGCGCUAGCGCAGCAAGAGAUUUUUCCACGACUGCUGAUCCUAACCCAAGUCUAUCUCAAUUGGCCGAGUCAUUUGGUGGAGGCGAGACCGCCAGCAGUCCACCGGUAAUUGAUGAGAUAAUUACACCUGGACCCGAACGACCUAAGAACGGUUUGUACUUUUAUGUGGACUGGAAUUCGUUUUUGACAGUUAACGGAGGCCAAAAGAACCAAGUUAACUUAAGGUUUGCACCGAAAGCUGGGAACCCAAAUCAUUUUAUCAAGGUCACCGUACCGUAAUCAAUCUUAGACAUUAUUAAAUUAUUAAUCUAAAUAAUAAUAUUAUAUUAUAAUAUGUUGGUUCUUUUCGAGACGCCGUUCACUAAAUAUGUUGUACAGUUGUACCUACUAUUUAUUAUAUUAUUGUAAAUAUAGUUUUAUAAAUAAAAACCAUGUUCUAUACCUACUAA